GACAAUCUUACCCUUAACCACCACCAGCACGUGCGCAAUGGCAUGUCUGAAAUGAAUGGAGGAGUCCCGAGAGAAGCAACGAACAAAUGAGCAAACAAACAAAUGCGCAAAAGAACAAACAUGUAAACCAAAAGGGAGCAAUCACACGGCCAGCUUCAUUUGGCAAACGCCAAUUGACACGAGCACACAAACAGCACAUUCGAUCAUGCACCAGUGCCUGGUGGAUCUGCUGCAGCAGGUGUGACUUGCACUUGUGGCGGCAGUGGCGGCGCCGCUCCCCACAGCUGAAACCACCAAGGCAGGUAAGGGAACAUUUGCUCCAUGGCGUAGGGCGGAAUGGCCGCAUGCUCCGGCGGCUCCGCCCCUUCGUCCAGUGGUAUCUGUGGCCGCUCGCUGAUCGAUGACGCCUGCUUUACUGCUGACGUGAUGGUCUGCAAGAACAAACAGACGCCAAGUGCCACUGAAGAGCGUGUCUCGUCUUUGUAGUCGUCUUCUCACCUUGACUGUCUCUCCCCGCCCCAGAUGGGUUGCAAUAUCGAGUUGCCCUCUUGCGCCAGCGGCCCCCUGCCCGCCCUCUUCCGUGCCGCCUUCGUCCUUCUGGCCUUCCUUCUUCUUGGCCGUGAACGCGAAUCGAGGGAAUCGCGGCACCGUGGCCAUGAAGCCGGGCACGGCCGAUCCACGUCUGCCGGGGAAGCCGGGGAGGGUGAGGAAGGGCUGCUGCAGCUGCAGGCCGGAGCGGCCCUCGUUUUCCUCCUCAAAUUGCUCGAGCCAGCGCAUAAAUAAGUGCAAAGGGACCUUCCGCACACUCUGACGGAUAAGAGCAGAUGGAGGCAGAGAGUGAGAGUGGGAAAUGGAGACAGAUGCAUGAGGGCCUGACUGACUGGCUGGCUGACCUUUUCUGUGCUGUGUAGGUCGUGCAGGUACAUGGUGCGGAAGAUGUCUUGGAGGACCUGUCAGCCAGCAAAGCAACGGAACACAAAAGCCGAGACUCACGCUUACAGACAUGUGUUCAUGUCGGUCGUUGAUGGCUGUCUUGUCUCCCUCACCUCGUCGUCGAGUCUGACAUUGAGGGCCUCCUUGAGACGUUUCUGGAACACCUCGGGGGUCAAAUAACCCUUACCUGCACAUACCACACGCGACGAGAACGGCAUAUUCGGAGCGGGUUUCGCCACCCGAGGCAGACGUAUGUACCUUCUCUGUCGAGGAAGCUAGCGACCCAAAGGUUGACCUGUGUCCGGUCGUAGAGCCUGCCCUUGCCCCUGAGGUCCUCGAGCACCACCAUAAGCAUCUCGAACUCCGACUCGUUCAGCGAUCCGCUCUUGUCCAGGUCAAACAUAUCAAACCUGAGUGAAGCGAGGUGAGAGACAGACAGACAGUCAGUGAUUGGCCAUUUUGGGAUGCGGGAAGGUGUCUUUACCAGUCUUCGGCGACCGCCUUGCCCUCAGUGUUGGACAAGCCCUGUGCCAGGAGGCACUUGAUCAGCUCUGUCUCACACGCAGGCAACAGAGGGAGGGAGACAGAGAGAGGCAUUCGCGUGAGCAGAUGGAUUGCCUCUGUGUCUGUCCUAUUGCCAUUCAUUCACCGCACCUACCUGCUUUUUCUAUGGUGCCUGACUUAUCAUAGUCGAACAGACGGAAGACCUUUCGGAUCAGACGUUUUUGGCUCAGAGGGAGAGACUCGAAACGCUCCCUAUACAUGGCAAAAAUCUGAUCUGCGCGACCGACCGACAGAUAUAUCCAGGUGAGAAGGCCUGACAUGUGGCGUCUUUGGCUUGCUCACUUCGUUUCUCCUCUUCCCUCAUCUCCUUCUUCAGCGCAUACGCAAACGCCUUGGCUUUGAGCUUCAGGACGAUCUUCGCCGCCCAGCGGUUCCGAUAAUUGAUGAACUCCUGAAGCGUCUUGUCCAUCAUCUGGUAGUCCUUCAUGAGCUCGACUUUGCUCACGACCACCAUGCGAUAGAUGAGGCGGGGCAGCGUAUGGGCUACCCCGUAGCCGAAGGGGAUGGCGCACAAAACGGCCAGGACAUAGCUGAUGGGUUCCUGCUUGCUCCAGUCGGUCGUCGCCACCGUUGUCAAAAACACGGCCGCAAACAUGGCGCUGUACAACAAAAUGAUCUGCGUCAGCCGCUCAAGAAAAUCUGCCCAGCAAGUCGAGAGCAGCCGUACAGAUGUCUGUCUGUUCUGUUGGAGUAGUAUGAUUAUUUCCGUCUCACUGGCUUACAUGGCCCCCUUCGCCAGAACCAGAAGAGGAUCUCCUGCGCCGUCGGAGUCGAUGUGCCACAUAGGAAGACCCACACGGGGUUGUUGGAUAUCUGAAGAAUCGACAGCAUUCAAGAGGACACGACACGGACGUCUUCACCGAAUCGCCGGAGUGUUGCCACCUCUCUCUCAUCUGGUGGGAAUCUCCGUGUCUCAUCAAUCAUCUCCCUCCCUCACCUGCAGGUCUUUCUGGUACAUGGGUGGAACGAGCGACACCUCCGUCCCCUCCAUCGGCAGCACACUGAUGCUGGCUCGCGGCCGCAGCAUGGGUGUCCUGUCAAUCGUUCCAGAGAACAGCGACCCGCUCUCCAGCCCCAGACCCGCAAGCAGGCUCCUGUUCCCCCGUGUGUCGCCCAGCCCCAGCCCUUCUCCUAUGCGCGGCGUGGUCGACUUCUGUGUUCCCUUCCGAGACGGAGGUCGCGACGUGUGCGGUGUCGAGUGCUCGCUCCGCGUGGCCGCUCUGCUGCUCUUGCCAGUGUUGGCGCGCUUUUCUGCUGAGUCGGUUGACCAGUGGCCACCACGAGCAAAAGCUGCCAUGAAGCCCCCACCUCUCGGCUUGCUCUCCGUCUUGGGCUCUUCAGAUUGCUUUUCCUCGUCGCGCUGCUUGCCCCAGGAUGGGAAGAUCGCUGAAUGAAGGGGCGUCUCAUGGAAACGGGGCAGCUCUCUCGGAGUGAAAUCGGCCUCUAGGUCCCGAUCGCUGUUUCCGGGAGGGGUGCGUGCCAUUCCGAGCCCAUGGAGGCUCUUGGCUUUCCGUCUUGAUGGGACAGGCGUCGGGCCAGGGGUGGAAUGGCGUGACUUGAAGAGGCGCGCAAACACAGACGAACGCCGCUGACUCGUGUCUGGUUCCGAGGCAUCGUCAAUAUGGCUCUCCCAGUCCUUGUCAUUCGCUGGAGCAAAAAAGUCUUCCUCGUUGAGGACACCCACGGGGGACGCCUGGCUGAGGGGGGUUGUGUCUCCACUGGGGCGGGGCAGACCAGAGGGGCUCUUGCUGCCGAUGUGCACGCUGUCUUGCCGAUUACUGCCAAUCGUGAGGGCUGCGGCGGCUUGUGCCAGCGUGGGCGGGGCCUCCUCGCCCUUGAUCAUGGGUGAAGGGUCUCUCUGCCGGGACACUCGAGGCUCGGAGUGAGUGGUGCGCUGCUGAGUCCUCAUAUACUGGUCGAGAGACUUGGCUGCACAAGGUACACACACACACAAGCGGGAGUGCAUAGGAUGGUCCUGUUCUGACUAGCCGAACCUACCCAGCGCGUCUUGUGCCAGUCUCCCGGGGAAGUAGGGCGUCUCUUCGCCCUGCUCCACGUGCGUCAGGUCGGGCUUGGGCUCAGUGAAAGCCACCGAGGUCUGCACACUCGAUCCCUCCGGUGGGCUCCUGUGGCUGCGGUCCUCUUCAACGACAACACUGAGCCUUGCCCGCUCCUUGCUGCCCUUGUUUCUCCUCCCAAUGCGCGACAGCCGCUGAGGUAGCCGUAAGAACCCCGAGCGCUGGCCGGCGGGGUUGCCAGGGCCAUCGGGAUUGGUGGGGGCUGGGAUGUCGGUGACAGUGAUGGUGCUGGUGCCGAGGUCACUGGUAUUGUUGGUGUUGAUAGUGUCAUUGGCCGCCAGAGGCGGCAUCGAUGGCUCUUUUGGUGACGCUGGACGGGACUUGCGGGGGCGGAAAAGUGCCCGAAUGCGCUGGAUUACUGUCUUUUUGCCGGAGUCUCUGUCACCAUCGUUGUCCGAUUCGUCAGAGGCGAAGGUGCGUGUCCUCGCAAUGAAAAACGCAUCCUCGUCCAGAGGCUGCAUCAUGGGGUAAAAGGGCUGAAGCCACGGGGCCGUGGCUGCAGCAGCGUCUCCCCCCGGCUGUGGUGUGACCUCGCCCUCUUGCCUCUCCGCUUCCUCAGCCUUGGCAGCCUCGGCCGCCACCCACGGGGCAGCGCCCCACCACGGCCACCAUGGCAGCCACAUGCUGGACGGAGGCGGCUGCGCUUCACCCGCGCUAGGCUGCUGCUCUGGAAUGGAAAACUUGAUGGUCGUGUCUCGUGGCGUGGCCUGGGGCGAAUCGAACUGGCCGAACAUGGUGGACGCUGCGGGCGAACCGGUGUAGAUGGACGGAUUGAUGCGCUGAGUGGCGAGCCUGCUUAGCGGGGGACCACCCGGAACAGCCAAAGGAGGCGACAUGGGCCGCGAGGGUGACAUUACUGUCUCAUAGGCGCCCUUGGGUGGUGGCCGUGGAGUGGCGCUCGCCUGAGUGCCGCCCCACGCUGUGGACCAGAAGGUCCUGCUGAAGUCGUUUGUGAUGUUUGUGAGGGACAAGCGGACCCGAUCCAUCCUGUUUAGCGCAGGGAUCUUCUCAAAGUCCGGCGGAGGCGGAGGAAGAAUCUCGUUAUAAAUCAGAUGCACCUUCCACAGCAGCACGUGCAGGCUGAUGGCCAGGAAGCAAGACAUAGCGAGAAAGAGACCAUAUAAAGCUGAUCCCCGCAGGCCGAAGGCCGGCCUCAAAACGCAGAUGGUGACAAAGACGACCAACCACGAGAUUGGUGGGAUCUCUAUCAGCUGGACCAGUGUCUCGGUCAGGCAGUUGACCAGAUAAGUGUGAAAGGGAAAUCCGACCGCCGACACGUUCUUUGGAUUUUUCGCGAAUGGAGAGAAUCUGGAGACACGCAGACACUGCGUGAUGGGUGUUCAUGCGUGCCAGCUUUCUUUGUUAGAAUCUUACGGGUGAAAGAAUGCAUAUCUCAGGCAUUUGUAUUCCACAUAUGCCCUCAGCUCUGCUCUCUUUGCGGGCGUCAGGUUCUGCUCAUUCCCUUCCUCGCUAAGCCUCUUUUGCAGCGCGCGCAAACUCUGACCUUCGGCCUUCUUGAAGAAUUUCUCCGCGCGCCGCGCAAACCACAUAAGGUAGCCGACCAACAUUAUAAAGAGAAUACACACCUCGAACAGCAGGAGGUCCGCCUGCUCGAACAAAUGCUGCAGCUCGGUGUCCUUCUGGAAGUAAUCCUGCGAUAUCUCUUUCAUGGCGCCAGUCGAGACGGCGAUGACAAGGACCAGGCUGACGAAGCCAAGAAUCGCGAUUUCGGUGUAGAGAGCCUGCAGGAGACGCGCGAGAGGAAUGAGGCCGGACUUGCCUUCGGACCGAUUCUGCACAAUCAUCAUGAUCUUGUGCUGCAAACACAGAGAUGAACAGUAGAGGUCGUCAAGAAAGAAGAGUCACAGACCCAUUCCGUCAGUCGCCUACUUGUCCGGUCUGGAAGACCAUUGACAGGAGUAUAAUGAUGGCAAAUAGUAUGAGAACGGCAUUGUACUCGCGCUCCUGCUGAGCGCUGUUGGAGCUGCCACCGCUCAAGCGGCGAAGAAGCCUUACGGACACGAAGAACUCGCUCAAAUGGUCCACAAUUGUGUGAUCGUCUGAGUGCACAGACGGACGUCACGAUGUAUGAUCUGUGUACUGGGGCGCCUUGUCCUUUGUUGGCUGCUCGUCUGCCCGCUAAAACAGCACUUACCGCUCUUUGAGGCCUCGGCAGUCGUCAUUGAAGCAACACAGAGCAAGAUGAUCACUGCACUCGGCGCCAAUGUCCUUCCAAAGCGAGCAGGAGCCCAGAAACCAUCCAACGACGACAU